UAUAAAAUCACAACACACAAUCCCAGGAUUCGCUGUCUCAGAAUAACCAAGAUGAACGAAGACCCUGUUCAGUACUCGAAAAGUUGUCAACUGCAACUAUCAAUGGCCACCCAUUUUCUCGAUACCUAUUUCAACUUACUAAAUGUGAAAAACAACGCCACAAUUUUGGACCUGGGUGCUGGCGAUGCUUCAGUGACCCUUGAAGCUCUACUUCCACGCUUACCCAACUUCAACAAACUCGUCGUUUCCGACAAGUCCAAGAAAAUGGUAGAUUUCGCCAGAAACAGGUUCCACGACGAGCGAAUCGAGACCGUUCAGAUGGACAUCGUCGACUACAACAAAUCCUUCAAAGGCUAUUUCGACCACAUUUUUUUGUUUUUUUGUUUGAACUUGAUUCCAGAAGACAAUACCCCACAAGCUCUACGAAACAUCUUCGAAAUGCUAAAACCUGGUGGAAAUUUUUUUGCUACGAUCAUAGUAAAUGUAUCCUUUUUUGAAAUUUGCGAUAGUAUGACCGAAGAAAACAAGUGGCCACCGGCUAUGGUAGGUUAUAAAAACGUUAUUUCUGCCUAUCGAGACUCGGACAACCCCGAAGAAAAGCUUACUUGUUUUCUGAACGACGCCGGCUUCGACGUACAAUUUUGCAAAUACGAGGAACGAAAAUUCACAUAUGGUGGUUUAAACGAGUUUAUCGAUCAUGGUUUGUCGAUAGUUCCUGUUGGAAAGAUAUUUAAGCAGGAUGAGCGGGCAAAAUUUGAUGAAGAUUUUAAAGAAGCUGUAAAAAAUGCAGCUUGGUGGGCAUUGACGAACGUAGUGAUGGCGAACAAGUCCAUUAUUUUUAUAGCGUUUUGGUGGCUUGUGCCCUAAAACCUGUCUAAAUGGUUUCAAAAAUGUGUUUGUCGUUGAAAAUAAAGAAAGUGUUUUAA